AUGAGUGUGAAUAACAAUAAUUCGUUGGAGCCGUCGUCGAAUUCAAAUCAGACGUCCGUGAAUGGAUUCACUUGGCCACCUCCUCUCACUGGUCUUACUCAUCUCUUACCUGCAAUUCGGCAACAGUUCAAUUAUGUUCAAGAAAAUCAAAACCCUACAAUACUUCAACCCUUCGAAUCCGUCGAAACCGACAGUGUUGCCAGGCAAUUCCUGUCUCACCUCCUCCAAAAUACUGCAACUAAUACGGUGGGUGAAGGCGGUAUCAAUGGUGAUAGGUCGCCAGCUCCACCAGCUCCACCAGCUCCACCAGCUCCACCAGCUACAUCAGUUGCGUCAGUUUUAUCAUAUCUAUUUACCAAUAUCCCGAGUGGUCAAGCGAAUGUUGAUGCUCCGCCACCAACACAAACUCAUCCAAUUCCGCCAACACCACAUCCAGGGCCACUCUACUAUUUUGUCAAUAAUCUCCUAAGUGUCGAUUUCGCACGAGGCGCACCUAUGCAGGUGGGAGAAACUUCCAAUCAUACAGAUCUUCUCGGUGUUGAAGAAAAUUCAACCAAUCAUCCUUCCCAAUGUGUAAAUGCUAAAUCCUCAGGAUCUACACUUCCUUCUCUCGAUGAUAUGCACAAAGAGGCAUCAUCGAACCCCGCCGUCUCUACUCCAGGGCAUCCAGGCAAUGUCUCAUCCGACCACCUCCCUCCUGCCUCUAGUCCCAAUUCUCCAAGUCACCAACUAAAUGUCAGGAGUGCUGGUGAAGAGACUAUUUCAUCGACUGGUGAAUGUCCCACUCAAGUAUCUUCUGCUCAAAGAAAGGCUAUUUGUACAAAUCAAGGAGGUGGCUUUGUUUUAGAACUCAACUUCAUACCCAGCUUUGCUUCAGUGAAACGCAUUUUCGAGUCCUUUGUUAGAGCUCUUGCAAUGUGUGUUUGUUUUGCCAAUUUCCAUCCAGUAGGCUCUCCAAUUACAGUCUAA